AUGGCAAUAUUGUGUCUGAUCAUCUUUAUCUAUGUAUUUACGACGUUUACACCACAGAGUGCAUUAUCUGAUAGUACUACGGUUCGAAUUUAUGAUUCAUUUGCAGAGAUUUGUAAACCAUACAAUGGACCGUUACGUUUUCGACAGGUCGACUGGGAUAAUAUUAAACAUGAAAGUAUAGUUCUACAAUCGGCAUCGGAUACUAACAAUACUAUUCUAUUUGUCGAACGUCGAAUUGUUCGUAUUAAUUCCAAUAUGAUAGGUAAAAAUGUCUUUGUACGAAAAUAUGCUGAACAGCAAAAUUCUACUGUCUGUCAAUUGAUUAAAGACAAUGGUGAAUAUUCAGUUGUACGUGAAAUUGAAACAGGCCGUUAUAUGCGUGUGCAAUCUGAUUUAAUUGAAUAUUCUCAUGAACCUCAAUCAAGUUCAAUCUAUGAAGUUUCGUUUCAUCCAUUUCCAUCGGCAAUUCCUCUUACGGUUACUUAUGUUGUUAAUAGUCUUCGAUGGACUACGCGUUAUAUAUUACGAACAUUUGCCGAUGGUCGAAAUCAAUUUCAAAUUUUAGCCGAUAUUAUCAAUUCGAGUCCAUUUAAUUAUCAUUUCAAUGUAACUCAUUUGAUGGCAGGUGAAAUAAGUCUUGCAUUUGGUAGUAGUAAAAGCUCUUCAUUAGUUGCUACAACUAUUUCAUCGAAAAACAAUAUGGAUUAUAGUGGUAUUCAUUUGUUUUCCCUAAUUAAUAAAUCGUUAACCAUUGAACCCAAUUCAAUUCUUACUUUACCUAUUAUUUUACCACAAAUUCAGAUAAAAAUCUCUUAUACCCAUACGCUUAUUAUGACUAUUCCAUCAAUAAUAUCAAAUAGUGAUACGACAAUUCUGUCUGGUAAACAUAAAUUUCAACGCCUAUAUCAAAUAUCAAAUAGUUCUUCAUUUCUGCCAACUGGCCAUCUUCUCCUUUAUGAUUCAUCAGUAAAUGUACUUACGGGUGAAUGUAAUUUACCGACAUUGGCUGAAUCAGAAAAAUAUGAAUUUGAAUUAGGACAAGACUCGGAUAUUAUGUUGGUAUAUAAUCGUACAUUGACAACGAAUCGAGCAACAAAUUCAACAUUAGUAACAACCAAUGUUUUAGUACAAAAUUAUAAACAACGAAAAGUUAAUAUUCGCUUGAAGUCUAUUUGCCAAUUAUCAAUGACAUGUGUAUUCUAUGAUAAUAAAGGACGAACACUUGGAUCACGUCUACGCUAUGAACUUGUACUUCAAGCUAAAUCUGAAGUAGGAUUUACAUUCUCUACCAUCAGAAUGGCUCAACAAAACUAG